AUGAAAAUUGAUCACGACUUAAUUAAAAAAAAAAGUGAACAUAAUGAAGGUCUUAUGGAGGAUCUAGAAGAAAUAUCUUUGCAUCAGCUGCAGAUUAAAAAAAUAGAAUUCAUUAAUAUUCAUUGUAGAAACUUAAAGAUAUUACUGUUGCAAAAUAAUUUAAUCGAAAAAAUUGAAAACUUAAAUCAGUUGAAAAAACUAGAAUAUUUAAAUUUGGCUUUAAACAAUAUCACGAUUAUUGAAAAUUUGGAAAAAUGUGAAUCGUUAAAAAAGAUCGAUUUAACCUUAAACUUUAUUGAUAUUUAUACUAUUGAAAAAUCCAUAAAUAAUCUAAAAAAAAAUGAAAAUCUUAAGGAAUUAUAUUUGAUGGGAAACCCAUGCUCUAGUUGGAAACAUUUCAAACAUUUUAUCAUAUUUCAUUUAGAGCAUCUUGAAGUAUUAGAUGGUUGUGAUAUUUUAGUAUCUGACAAAAUAAAAUCGAAACAAACAAUUGCAAUAAUAUUAAAAUCUCUAGAAGAAGAAAAAAAUAAAAAUGACCCAAAUAAAAGUGAACAGUAUGAUUCAAUUAAUAAUAGGAAAAAAAUAUAUGAAGAAAUAGAGGAAGAAGAGAUAAAAAAUGAGGCAAAAAACCAGGAAACAAACAAAAAGGAAAAGGAAAUUUUACCAGUAUAUACUGAUGAUGGACAUAUUCGCCAAUGUAAUGAAGGUCAUUAUAAAUUCAUGUUUGAUGAGUAUUCGAGUAAUAAAUAUACAUUUUUAAAAGUAUACUUACCAAAAUAUUUGUGUAAUUCCUUAAUUGAAGUUGAUAUAAAUGUAAAUUAUGUAAGGUGUUUAAUAAAAAAAAAGUUAUUUCAAAUAAAAUUAAACGAUCCAAUUUUAACUGAUUGUAGUAAAAUAUGCCGAAAAAAAUAUACUGGUGAGUUAAGCAUUAAAAUGAAAAAAAAAUAUUAUAAAAAAAAUACAAUUUUUGAAAACGAAUAUAUCAAAGAUGAACAAAUGUAUAAUAGUGAUGCUACUGAAGUCUAUUUAGAGUCAUUAGAUAGUUCAUCAUGUUCUUCAGAUGAUUCAUCGAUUUCAUUUUUUAAAAACAAAAAACAAACUUUUAAAAAGAAAGUAAAUGAUAAUUCAAUUAAAUACAAGUUAACUGAUCCAAAUGAAAAUAAAGAAAAUUUUUACAUUCGAGAAAAGCAAACUACAUAUGCUCAAUCUAUAAUCAAUCAAUUACCAUCUCUCGAAAAAAUACCCAAACCAAUCUCGUGA